UUUUUCAAAAUGUGCACGAAACUGCCUCAAGAAUUUGUGAAAUCCACAGAAGUCUUACCGUUCACAAAAUAUGGAGUUUCGACUUUGGAAGAUUUUGAAAAAGCUGAAAAACAAAUUCAGGAUUUGGAAUGGUUAAAACGAGCAGGACUCACAAAUGACGAAAUCAAACUUUACCAAGAAAAUGAAGCUGGUCUUCUAGACCUACAGACUAAAAUAGAGUCCACGGUAUUAGAAAAUCAAUUAGUUUUAGUUAAUAGUAAAAUUAAGAAAUAUCAACAGGACAUAGAGAGAGAGCAAAAUGAGGAGCCAUGUAAAUCUAGUUCUGAAACCGUACAAUCUACGCAACAACAGUCUACAACUUUUUACCCAGAAGGACAUCCAAUUCACGAAUUGAAACAAAUAGAGCAAAGCUUAUUUGGACAUUUAAAUAAAAAUGAUGAAGUCUUGCCUUUAACAAAACGGCGUAAAAUAUUACGAAGGUUAGAGAGGAGGAAAGAAAGAAUAAUAUCACAGCAAAAGCAAAUACCUCUUGAAUCUGUACCACAUUCCUCAAAUACAAAUCCUGGAAGCCUUUGGGAUGUAAAGGAUACAACUGCAAGGGUUGUACAGCCAAAAGCAAAACCUCAAAUAAUUGGACCAAAACAACAAGCUUUAUACACAAUAAAAGAUAAUAAAAUUGUGAGGUUGGAGCAGAAGGCACCAGAUGAAUUCCAGGCAGUGGACAUUGUAUUACCUCAGAAUAGAGCUGAAGAAAGAUUGUUAGAAGGAACCAAAAUGAGUUUGGAUGAUAUAAAGAAAAUUGAAAGGUUCAAAGACUAUAAACCAGGUGCACCUUCUAAGGUGUUAUAUCUCAAGAACAUCGCUCCAUCAGUCACAGAAGAUAAGCUUGCAAUAUUAUUCAAUCAAUUUCAGCUUGAAAAUGGAAGCCCUAUAGAAGUCAAACUUUUAAGUGGACGCAUGAGGGGACAGGCUUUUGUCACAUUUCAAAGCGAAGACCUAGCGAUACAAGCACUUGAUGAAGUAAACGGCACAAUACUUUCGGGCCGACCAAUCAUAGUGCAGUUUGGCCGAAACAGUAACAGAGUACAAAACGAGGACAACAGAUAAUCUAUGACAUGUGCUUGUCUAUGACAUUAAAAUAUUUAUGCUAAUGGA